AUGGCGCCGGCAAUGGCCGACCUGAGCGCCUUGCUGAGCGAGUCUAGCUUCUCGAGCACUCCCACCGACGCGUCGUCCUCUAACGCCGCGUCUCUGAGCUCCACACCUCCAACCACCGUUUCCCCAGACAGCAUGUCUCUGGCCUCUGAGCCUGACAUGCCCAAACUCGAGACCAUUGCCGCCUCCAGCAUCGAGGCCGCCAUCUCGUCUCUUGCACUCCCCGAAACCGAGCAGCAUGAGUCAGGCCAGCAAACGCCCCUCGGCCGCGACGCCAUCAUCGUUGCCGACCGGCCCCUUCCAGCCGAGCCUCCCUCGACCGGCCGGCCGCGACGCUCCCGAUCAAGUCUGCCCGUCUAUAACCUUGCCAAGCUGGCCGGUACCAGCCAUAAAAGGCAACGCGCAGACCAAGAUUCCCUUCCCGGGAAAAGGCGCCGCACCAUGUCAGGGGACGCGCUCGCAAACAACGGCAAUACGAAUACGAAGGAUGCGGUUGGCGCGAGCCGAACCUCCCGAGUCGGAGUCGCCCCGUCUGACACGGAGUCGACUGCAAACGUUAGCACACCCAAGAGCGCGCCAUCCUCCAAGAGAUCUGCCCCAAGCACUUCGCCGGCGCAUAUUACGCGUAGAGCGACGCGUCUUUCCGGCACACCUGUCGAGACGCUGGCGACCAAGCUAUCGGCUCUCGGCAAGCGGGGGAAGAAGACGCUUGACAAGGGAUUGGGGCGUCUGUCGCGCGAGCUGAAGCGGCUGCAAGAUACAGACGAGUUCGCCCACAUCGACACGCGCCCUGUCCGCUACACCGUAUGGAGUAAUGGGAAAUACGUUGAUGUAGACCCCGCGCAGGAGCCGCCCCAAGAACCUCCGCGGAAGAAAGUCAAGACCGAUAGGGAUGCUGCGGAUGCUGUCGAUGCGGCAGACAAGGUUGCUGCCGCCGAAAAGCAGGAAUCCGACGCGCCCGCGACCAAGACGCGGCGCGUCAAGAAAUGGCUAGAUAAAGGGCUCUAUGCAGGCCAGGAGGCGCCCAUCGAUGUACUAAAGGGCCUCACGGCUCAAGAGCGCAAGAAGCUCGCGUCCCUUCCGGAGCUCAUGCCCAGUGGCAAGCCAAAUCGGGCGCUCCCGAUGCCCAUGUAUAAUGGCCUGCGCAUACUGAUCAAUGGCCGCGACUUCAAGCUGCCGUUUGAUGUCUGCAAUCCCCUCCCGCCGGGCCAGCCAAAGCCUGCUGCCUACCGUACCAUGACCAAAAACCGUUUCGUUGGAGACGCCGGAGCCUACUGGAAGAAAACGCCCCAUUUCGGGGAUUUUGCGUCCAAGUGCGUCUGCAAACCCGAAGACGGGUGCGGUGAAGACUGCCAGAAUCGUAUCAUGCUCUACGAAUGCGACGAGACGAACUGCAAUGUUGGUAAGGAAUAUUGCACGAACCGCGCCUUUCAGGACCUUCAGGAGAGGACCAAGAAAGGCGGCCGGUACCGGGUGGGCGUUGAGGUCUUCAAGACUGCCGACCGGGGCUACGGUGUGCGCAGCAACCGCUGCUUCGAAGCUGGGCAGAUCAUCAUGGAGUACACGGGCGAGAUCAUCACGGAAGAGGAGUGCGAGCGCCGCAUGAACGAGGUGUACAAGGAUAACGAGUGCUACUAUCUCAUGUCAUUCGACCAGAACAUGAUUAUUGACGCAACCACUGGUAGUAUCGCGCGGUUCGUCAACCAUUCGUGUUCGCCCAACUGCCGCAUGAUCAAAUGGAUCGUCUCCGGGCAGCCUCGCAUGGCCCUCUUCGCCGGCGACCGCCCUAUCAUGACAGGCGAGGAGCUGACAUACGACUACAACUUCGACCCCUUCUCUGCUAAGAACGUGCAGAAGUGCUUGUGUGGUAGUCCAAAUUGCAGAGGCGUUCUCGGUCCCAAGCCCAAGGAGGUCAAGGCUGCCAAGCAGCAGCAACAGCCGCAACAGCCAGCUAAGGACGCCGAGAAAAAAUCGGUAAAAGGCGUCAAGAGCUCGGUCAAAGCAGGCAAACGGAAGUUGAAGGACCCGUUUGCUUUUGACAGUGAGGACGAUGACGAGGCCGAGGCCAGUACGAGGGCGAUCAAAAAGCGAAAAAUUGACAAAGCCUCGACUUCCCUCAAGAAGGCCCUAUCAGCUACGAAAAGCGUGAAGGGGGCAAAGAAGGCAGCAAAGGGCGCAAUUUCAAAGAUCAAGCGGACUGUUUCGACCGUCUCGAUGGGGGGAAAGAAGACCAAGACAGCGCUCACCAUCACGAAAGGGGCAAAGGUGAAAGCAAAGGUGGCGCUAACCACUUCCAAGGGCAUGAAGGGCAAGGUGAAAGCCAAGGCCAGCACGAAAGUGAUCAAGCGCGCCACUACGACUUUUACCACUUCUGCCACCCUAUCUGGCAAGAGCACAAGCGACAGAAAAGCGGGCGCAGUCAAGACAGAUGGCAGGAAACCCAUUCCGAAGCUUGCCACCGGCUCGCCGUCUAGGAGUCCGAGCUUGACCAUUGUCGCGGCGGGGAUUGGCUCUGCGGGGACGGCGGAGAAGGCUGGCGGACAUCCGUCGACACCGAAUAGGACAGGCCCGAUGAGCGCUGAGCUGGAGACCACGACGACGACGGCGGUGACCAAGUCGGCGCGGAAGUCGACUCCCUCGUGGAAGGCUAGGGAGAACGUGGCUGUCAUUAACAAGGAGAGGAAGAAGAAGGAGGGAAAGGGAAAGGAAAGCGAGAAGAAUGAGAAAAGGGAGAAGGACAAGGAGAAUGUCAGCGCCGCGACAUCUGCAGCGUCUACCCCAAAACCGGCCAAGACAACUACCAAGAUCCGGGUGAUCACGACGACGGCCGGUAAGCGAGGGCUGGGUGUCGCCGAUCGUUGA